GGCUGUUUUGAAGAAAAUGGAAAAUUGAAAUCCGCUUUUUUCGAGAAAAUCGGCACCAAAUCUCGUGAAAAUAGUCGCAACCCUUAGAUGAACCAUCGCUGCAUCUUCUUUCAGCAGAACCCUCCGGCGGAACCCCAGACCCCAGACAAAAGCGAGAAGCGGCAAGCCGGUCUUUUCUGGGAUCAUCUCGGGCUGAAGAUUUCCCGGUCGACCGGAUGAGAUGAGCAACGACAGUGAUAACGAUAGCGACAAAAAUGAGGGCGGCCUCAAUCUGGCCGGCUUCCUGUUCGGCAACGUCGACGAACACGGCAAUCUGGAUGGCGAUUUUCUGGAUGAGGAAGCUAAACAGCAGCUCUCCUCGCUGUCCCGGAUGGGCUUGUCGUCGUUUUUGUCCGCGAUGCUGCACGACGACGACGCGGAAAAGCCAGCCCCGGCGUCCAACAGCGACAGCGAUGAUUCUUCUUCGAGCGACGACGACCGGAGAAGGCGCCGCUAUGACGACGACAGCGACGGAGCGAGCUACAAAGUCAAAGCCGACUGUGCCGUUGACUACUCCGACAUCCAGGAGCUAGCCGAAGAGUCCCCGCCUCCUUUGGUAGUAUCCGAAACCAACGGCGAAAAGGAGGAAACGGCCGCUGACGAGACGACCGACAAGAGCGCGGAAGAGGCGAAGGAAGAGAAACAGGACGCUUCAGAAGCUGCCGACGGGAAAGAGACCACGGAAGAUACCCCGAAGCCGGCAGAAGGAGAUGAGCAGAAAGCCGAAUCGGGAUCGGAACCGGCAGCCAGUGAAGCCACCGGUGAGGUCAACGAUAAAGAUCUCAUGCCACCUCCGACAGCACCGGUCAGUGGUGAUGGAACCGCAACAACACCGGCCAACACUUCCGCCGACUCCGAUUCCGGCAAGGAUAAACCGAAAAAGCUCGAAACACCGCUGGCCGCAAUGCUUCCCUCAAAGUACCAGAACGUCGACGUACGCGAGUUCUUCCCGGACUUUCGGCCCGAUAAGGUUUUACGCUUUUCCCGUCUCUUCGGUCCGGGGAAGAUAUCGAGCUUGCCGCAAAUCUGGCGUAGUGUGCGUCGGAGACGAAACAAAAAGCACCAGCAAACCCGUAAACCACGCGACGGAUCAGACUCGACGUCCGAUUCGGAUGAACCGAGACGGCGGCAUCAUCAGUUCCGUCCAACCUACCCACCGACACCACCACGCGAUCAGUGGGCAUCGGAUGAUGAGCUGCGGUUCACCAGCCUCGCAGCGGACGAGGAGAAGGAGGUGAAGGACAAGGAGUCGGACAGCCGGGGUGACUCCAAACCGAAGGUGGCCGAUUGGCGCUUCGGACCGGCCCAGGUGUGGUACGAUAUGCUGGAUGUACCGGAAACGGGCGAAGAUUUUAACUAUGGCUUCAAGCUGGGCGAUUCGGCCAAACUCGAGGCACUGCCAUCGGUCACGGCUCCCACCAGCCAUGCCAUUCCGGAUGAUGCCUUCCUGAUGGUGUCCCAGUUGCACUGGGAGGACGAUGUCGUGUGGGACGGUAACGACAUCAAACACAAGGUACUGCAGAAGCUCAAUUCGAAGGUUAAUGCCGCCGGUUGGUUACCGUCCAGUGGGUCCCGUACGGCCGGUGCAUUCAGCCAGCCGGGCAAGAGCCUUCCGGCAAGCACACCGACUGCUAUGGGCAGUUCGGGUAAAUCAUCGGGGGGCACUAAGCUUAGCAAAACGCAGAUGAUCAUCAAUGCGGCCCAGAAGGCACAGGAAGAGAGCGACGACACGUGGUACAGUAUCUUUCCGGUCGAGAACGAGGAGCUCGUGUACGGCAAGUGGGAGGACGAGGUGAUCUGGGAUGCGGAAGCGGUCGCCAAGAUCCCGAAACCGAAGAUCCUGACGCUCGAUCCGAAUGACGAAAACAUUAUUCUCGGCAUUCCGGAUGAUAUCGAUCCGUCCAAGAUCGUGCGCAAUUCGGGGCCCCAGCCGAAGGUGAAGAUUCCGCAUCCGCACGUAAAGAAGUCCAAGAUCCUGCUCGGCAAGGCGGGCGUGAUAAACGUGUUGGCCGAGGAUACGCCACCACCACCGCCCAAAUCGCCCGACCGCGAUCCUUACAACAUCUCGAACGAUGUCUUCUACAUGGCCAAAUCGACGGAAGCCACACUGAAGAUCAAGGUCGGUGGUGGAAAUCUGCUGCAGCACUCGACACCCGUCGUCGAACUGCGAGCACCGUUCAUUCCCACACACAUGGGCCCUAUGAAGCUACGUGCCUUCCAUCGUCCACCGAUGAAGAAGUACUCGCACGGUGCACUGGCAACGGUCAAUCCGCAACCGGUGCUACCGCUGCAGAAGCACAUCAAAAAGAAGGCCAAACAGCGGGAACUGGAACGGAUCGCUUCGGGUGGUGGCGAUGUGUUCUUUAUGCGCACACCGGAUGAUUUGACCGGGCGCGAUGGGGAGCUGAUUUUGAUCGAGUUCUGCGAAGAGCAUCCACCGCUGAUGAACCAAGUCGGUAUGGCAUCGAAGAUCAAGAACUUUUACAAACGCAAAAUGGGCAAAGAUCCGGGACCACCGGAGUUCCGUUUCGGCGAAACGCACUACGCCCACACUUCGCCCUUCCUCGGCAUCCUACACCACGGACAGUGCAUACAGGCGAUCGAGAACAACAUGUACCGUGCCCCGAUCUACCCGCAGACGAUGGGUGAUACGGAUUUUCUGGUUAUUCGAACGCGCAACAAUUACUUCGUGCGUGAGGUGGACGCACUGUUUACCGCGGGCCAGGAGUGUCCGCUGUACGAGGUGCCCGGACCAAACUCGAAGCGAGCCAACAACUUUGUCCGCGAUUUCCUGCAGGUGUUCAUUUACCGGUUGUUCUGGAAGAGCCGCGACAAUCCGCGCAAGAUACGGAUGGACGACAUUAAGAAAGCGUUUCCGGCACACUCGGAGAGCAGCAUCCGGAAGCGGUUGAAGCUUUGUGCCGAUUUCAAGCGUACCGGUAUGGAUUCAAACUUUUGGGUCAUCAAGCCCGAGUUCCGGUUACCGUCGGAGGAGGAAAUCCGGGCCAUGGUGUCACCGGAGCAGUGCUGUGCGUACUUCAGUAUGAUUGCGGCUGAACAGCGCCUAAAGGAUGCCGGGUAUGGAGAGAAGUUUAUUUUCGCUCAGCAGGAGGACGACGACGAGGAGAUGCAGCUGAAGAUGGAUGAUGAGGUGAAGGUAGCGCCCUGGAACACCACACGUGCCUACAUUCAGGCCAUGCGAGGCAAGUGUAUCCUGCAGCUGAACGGACCAGCGGAUCCGACCGGUUGCGGUGAAGGGUUUUCUUAUGUCCGCAUGCCAAACAAACCGACGCAACAAAACAAGGAGGAAACGGAAAGCCAACCGAAACGUACCGUCACCGGUACGGAUGCCGAUCUUCGGCGCCUAUCACUGAACAACGCCAAGGCGCUGCUGCGCAAAUUUCAGGUACCGGAGGAGGAAAUCAAGAAACUGUCCCGCUGGGAGGUGAUCGAUGUCGUGCGCACACUCUCGACGGAAAAGGCAAAGGCCGGCGAGGAGGGUAUGGACAAAUUCUCGCGUGGUAACCGAUUCUCGAUCGCCGAACACCAGGAGCGGUACAAGGAAGAGUGCCAGCGUAUCUUCGAUCUGCAGAACCGAGUGUUAGCGUCUGCCGAAGUACUGUCGACCGACGAGGGUGAAUCGACGGCUUCGGAAGAGUCGGAUUUGGAGGAGCUGGGCAAGAAUUUGGAAAACAUGCUGGCCAACAAGAAAACCUCGACGCAGCUAUCACUCGAGCGAGAAGAACAAGAGCGGCAGGAGCUGCUGCGCAAGAUCAUGGAAGAACAGGGUGGUCAGAAGGGCAAAGGCAAGGGUAAGGAUGAUGAUGGGCUAAAGGAUGACCAGCAGUCGGCGGUCACGUCGAAGAUACUGAAGAUUACGCGCACAUUCAAGAACGCCGAAGGGCGUGAGUACACGCGUAUCGAGCUGGUACGGCGCAGUCCGGUGAUCGAUGCGUACGUGAAGAUACGCACGACCAAGGACGAAGCAUUCAUACGCCAGUUUGCGACGCUCGAUGAAGCCCAGAAGGAGGAGAUGAAACGGGAGAAGCGUCGCAUCCAGGAGCAGCUGAGACGCAUCAAGCGUAAUCAGCAAAAGAUUGGCAUGCUACAGAACCAACACUCGCUGCACAGUUCCGUUGGAACACCGAUCAGUUUGGGUGAUCGCGAGACGCUGACACCGAAGGCGUUCAGCAGCCGAUCCGCGUUCGGUGGCGGUGGCAGUAGCGGUGGUCACGGUGGUGAUGGUGGUGGCGGUGGCGGCAGUGAAAGUAGAAGUCGUGGUAGCGAUACACCGAUAUCCAGCCACCAUGGUAGAGGCGGUGAUAUGUCCACCAAAGAGCACAGUCCGUCCGCAUCGUCCUCGUCGUCGCGCCGCAAGGCAAAGAUGAAGCCCGAUCUGAAGCUAAAGUGUGGCGCGUGCGGUCAGGUGGGCCAUAUGCGCACGAACAAAGCGUGUCCCCAGUACUCGGGUCUACUGGCGACACCGUCGCUGACGGUUGCGAUGACCGAGGAGCAGGAGGAAGAGAUCGAGAAGGAGCUCAACGCGGAUGAUGAGGAUCUGGUGAACGUCGACGGUACAAAGGUGAAGCUCAGCGGGAAGCUCAUCAAACGCCACGAAGACGUACGGCGACGGACGCUGCUGUUGAAGGUGCCGAAGGAAGCGGUCGGCAAAAAGCGGCGACGUGUUGGUGGCGAUUCGCACUGUGACUAUCUGCAGCGUCACAACAAAACCACCAACCGGCAGCGGACAGAUCCGGUGGUCGUGUUUUCGUCUAUCCUCGAGCAGAUCCUUAAUGAGCUGCGCGAUAUGCCGGACGUACAACCGUUCAUGUUCCCGGUGAACGCGAAGCAGGUCGUCGAUUACCAUCGGAUCGUACAGCGCCCGAUGGACCUGCAGACGAUCCGGGAGUACAUUCGGCAGAAAAAGUACCAAACACGCGAAGAAUUUCUGGCCGACGUGA